AUGUCCAGGUCCGAGGCCCCGUAUCGCCGAUCGCAGUCCGUCAUCAACCACUCGGAGCAGCACCGCGGCACGCCUGUGCUCGAGGACCAGCACUACUUUAGCACCAACAGUCCUCCGUCCAAUCGCGUUUUUGUCAUGGAGACUUCGCACGAAGGAGACGUGAUGCAGGACGGACGGCGGUCGCUGCGCCACCUGCCGCCGCCGCUGGACUCGCGUGGAUCGUACCAGCAGCGCCGUGGCACGCGCGGCGUCUCGGGUGGGUUUGUGACCAUGGACAAUGGCAGCACCAUCAGCAACUCGAGUGGCAAUCGCGUUGACACGAUGAGUCUGACGAACGUGAGCGCCACGGCGCACCAGCCGCUCAUUUCGACGCCCCGCGCGGCGCAAAAGAACAUUGUGCGCGUGAUUGAUAAGGACAUGACGCAGCAGUUCCGUGGUCGAUCCAAGUCGGUCGGACAGGGCAGGAUUCGCUGGUUUGAGAACCGAAAGUCGCAGCUCCUUGGCUUUUGCCUGACGAUGGCGUUCUUAGGUGUGUCGGUGGCAAUGUACAAUUAUCGAUGGACGGGACUUAUUGCUGGAUCAGUGAACACGAUUAUUUGCGGCUCUGCGGUUGUAAUCACGUACUGUCGCAAGAAGCAAUGGCAUCAGCAUCCGAACCCUAUUGUGCACAACCGAUCAGUGCUAAGCAUCUUCAUGGCAAUAUGCUUGCUGUUGAAUGUGCUCGUGGACUUUGAUCCUAGUGGCUCGAAUACAGACUGCCAGCGGCUAGCAGGUAUCACCGAAUUCUUCUUUUUCACAGGCGAAGCAUGGGGCCUCGUUAUGGCUUGCGAUCUCUUCUUCUCGCUUACGAGUCCAUUUACUAGCUACAAGCGAUUGAUGAAGUUUUACCACCUUUGGGUGUGGCUAGGAGGGAUUAUUAUGGGCGUUAUUACGUAUUCGGUGCAAGGCGCGGGUGGUUUCUUUACCGUCGACGGCCAGUCAAUGACGUACGAAUCCGAUACGGACACGGUGAUUGGCUUUUGUCUCGCUUCAUCGCGAAUUUGCUGCGAUACUGGCGAAACGUGCCCAGACACCGUGACAAGAUGCUCGACUACUUCUAACUUCUUGAACGCACAGCAGUGGCCCUGGAUCCUGAUAUACUGCUUCGUGCUGCUGGUGUUGUUCGUGUCUGUGUGUGUGCUAACAUUGGCUUGGCACCGACUGUACCUCCGCGGCGUGCCCAAGACGUACAAUAUCCGCCUCCGUGUGCUGAACUACAUUUCUUUCUUCACUGGUGCAUAUGUUUUCUACUGGCUGCUUUUGCUGCUACUAUACAUGUGCGCGUACUUCUUGUCGACAAAGAGUGACACGUCGAACUCGGAGGCCGUCGCGCAGGUGCUGCGUCAGCUGGUCAUCUUCCUGAUUGCGUCCAAGGGCUACUUGGACUAUGUGAUUUGGUUUGCUGUGAACAAUAUUGAGCGAAAAAGUGGGAGUGGUCGUGGCGAAUCAGCAGAUGUGGAUGUCGACUUGAGUCCGCAGGUGAACACAGCAUUGCGUUCGGAGAUUUUAUACUACACCACAUCUGGUAUCAAGGAAUCUGUUCGCGCGGUGACGGAUGAGCUGAUCUCCAUCCCGAUCUCUGGCGAAAGCGAGGCUGGCAAAUCCAUCAAGUUUUGGUCGUUCUGUCCCGCUUCGUUUCGCAAUAUCCGCCGGACGUUUGGCAUCAGUGAUGUGGACUACAUCCAAAUGUUUGGCGCGACUACAAAAGAACGGUUUAGCGAAGGUCGCAGCGGCGCGUUCAUGUUCUACACGUCUGAUGAGAGUUUGAUUGUGAAGACCAUGUCGCCGGAAGAGUGUACAUUCUUGCGCAAGAUGGCACCAAACUAUGAGGCGUAUAUGACGAGCAACCCCGAUACACUUCUGACGCGAUUCUAUGGCUGUCACUCCGUCUCACUGUACGGCAAGAUGUACUACUUUGUGGUGAUGGGAAACUUGUUUUCGGACACGGACGUUGUGCAUCACCGUUACGAUAUCAAAGGAUCGUGGGUCGAUCGCAACGCAAAGGUGCCGAGUCCCGGUGGCAAGACCGCAUGCCGUUAUUGCAAUGCGUCGUAUACGUUUGGCAGCACCAAGAACCAGGAAUGUGGCGACGGUAUGAACUUUCACGAGCCGGACAUCGUCCUCAAGGAUAAUGAUUUGAUGACCAAGAUUCGAAUUGACCCGGCCACCGCACACCGCAUUUAUGACCAGAUCCACCGGGACAGUGACUUCUUGUGCUCUCAGGGCAUAAUGGAUUACAGUCUACUUAUGGGCAUUCAAAGCUCCGAGUAUUUCGUCGACACGAAUCAGCUACCACAAGUUCGCCGAGACGUGCUUUUCACGCAACCGGCGACGAGUGUAGCUGGUCCAUCGCUAUAUCAUUUUGGCAUCAUUGACUUUCUGCAGCAGUGGACAUUGGAGAAGAAGAUGGAGCGUUUCUACAAGACUUUUGUCAAGCGAAAAGACCCCGAAGGUGUAUCUGCGCUGCCGCCAAAGCCGUACAAGUUCCGUUUCCAGCAAAAGAUGUCGCGUAUCUUUGCGCUGUCUACGCACACACGCGCCGAGAAUGACCUGGCAUUCAACCACAACUACCCGGCGCUGAUAGAUGUGCUGGACCAGCAAGGCAACUAUGAUGCCCAGCGCCACAACACUGUCGUUAGCAACUCGAUGGCGGACCAGCGGCCAGUAUUCAAUCCGGACCAGCAGCAUGAUAUCCGUGUGGCUUCGUCUCCCAGCGUGAGAGCGAUCUUCAUCUUGGACAGCGAUGGCAAUCGCGUGUGUGCCAAGUACUACGACAAGUCGUACCCAACGCAGAAGGAACAGGUCGCGCUGGAGAAGAAGCUGUACGCCAAGACGAAGAACGCAAACGCACGUCUAGAAGCUGACAUUAUCCUAAUUGAAAACGUCGUGAGCGUGUACCGCUGUGGCUCCGACACGACAAUGCACGUGGUCGGAUCUGCUCUGGAAAACGAGCUUAUCCUCCUGACGGUGCUGGACGCGGCCUUUGACACGGUCAGCAAUUUGCUCAAGGGUCGGAUGGAUCGCCACGUGAUGCUGGACAACAUUGAGCUGGUGCUACUCACGUUUGACGAGGUCGUCGAUGGCGGGAUCAUCCUAGAAAUCGACACGCCGUCUAUCGCGAACCGCGUGCUCAUGCGCGGUAUCGACAACGAAGUCCCGGUUGCAGAACUUUCUAUCUCACAGGCGUUCGCAUCGGCUCGCGAGCAGUUUUCGCGGUCGUUCCGCAGUUAA